AUGGAUUGGGAGAAUUGGAUAACAGUCGAUGAAUUUGUCCUUGUGAGCUUCCCUGCCCUACACCCUGAGCUACAGAUUCUGCUGUUCCUGUUGUUUCUGUUCAUUUAUUUUGUCACUUUUAUGGGAAAUGUCCUUAUCAUCCUGGUCACUACAGCUGAUUCUGCCCUACAUAGCCCCAUGUACUUCUUCCUGAGGAAUCUGUUCUUCCUGGAAAUUAGUUUCAACAUGGUCAUCGUGCCCAAGAUGCUAAGUACCCUGCUGACCAAAAACACAACUAUCUCUUUUGUUGGCUUUGCAACUCAGAUGUAUUUUUUCUUUUUCUUUGGGGCUGCUGAGUGCUGCCUCCUUGCUACCAUGGCCUAUGACCACUAUGUGGCCAUCUGUAAUCCUUUGCGCUAUCCAGUUAUCAUGGACCAGCAAGCCUGUGUCCAACUAGCUGCUGCCUCUUGGUUCUCUGGGUUUCCUGUGGCCACAGUACAAACAUCAUGGAUUUUUAGCUUCCCUUUUUGUGGUCCAAACAAAGUGAAUCACUUUUUCUGUGAUAGCCCUCCUGUAAUUGCACUGGUGUGUGCUGAUACCUCCCUCUUUGAGCUGGAGGCACUGACAGCCACUAUCUUAUUUAUCCUCUUUCCUUUCCUACUGAUCCUAGGGUCCUAUGUCCGAAUCCUUUCUACCAUCUUCAGGAUGCCCUCAGCUGAGGGAAAACAAAAAGCAUUCUCUACUUGCUCUUCCAACCUUGUUGUUGUCUCCCUUUUCUAUAGUACUGCCAUCCUUACCUACUUCCGGCCCCGAUCGAACACUUCACCUGAGACUAAGAAGUUGCUCUCACUGUUCUACACAGUAGUGACUCCCAUGUUAAACCCUAUAAUCUACAGCUUAAGGAAUAGUGAAGUAAAAGCUGCACUCCAUCAAACACUCCAAAAGGCCCUUGGAGCCCAGAAAUUAUAACUAAUUUUGCUAGAAAAGGAACUAAGUAAGGAUAGAAUUAAAGAUCAGAAGGGUGGGGGAGGAAGCAACACAGUGAAGGAGACAAAGAGCUGGUCUUGGAAUCAGGAAGGUCUGGGUUCAAAUCCCAUUCCUGAUAUUUACUAGCUUUCUGUAACCUUGUGCCUCAUCUCUAAAGAGAGGCUACUAAUCCCUAUCGUACCUGCCACUCAGGGCUGAUGUAAGGGUCAAAUGAACUAAUGCAUAUAAACACUUGUGAAAUUUACAGCAAUAUGUCAAUGUUAAAAUGCAAUUAAAAUAACUCUGAAAUUUUACUUCAAAACUUUCCAGUGGCACAGAUAACAAAAAAAGGCAAAUAAUUGAUGUUAGAAGGGCUAUAGGAAUAUAGUUGCCAUUUUACAGGAUCUAUGAAUUCGUCCAAACAUUCUCAAUCUCCCUCACUCAGUUUUAGAUAAACCUAACAGAAAAAUAAA